UAAAGCGUCUUAGCCAAAUGAGAUAUAUGGCCCCAAACCAAUGUAUGUGAAUAAUGUGCUCUCAUUUAUUUUCUUAAGGGUUUCUCACUGCCUCCAUCUCUUCCACCGACACACUGUCGCUGCCCAUCGGCUCCACCACAGUCCUCCACUCCUCCCCUGAUAUCAACAGUUCUUUGGCUGUACAUUUUUUAAGCUUGUGGCAUCUCACAUAGCAAAAUCGCAGGCAUGGAUCAAGUGGCGACUACAAUUGCUAGUGAAGUAGUGGUACCAACUGGUCGAGUUCUUUGUACCUUUAUCUAUUCUAUGAUCAAGGACAUUGUCAAAUUCCAAUCAAACCUUGAUGGUUUGAAAGAGAAGAUGGAAGAUCUGUUGGCUGUCAAAGAUGGAGUGAAAAUUGAAACUGAAUUAGCAGAGAACGAUGGAAAAGAGGUGAAACCUCUAGUUACAAAGUGGCUUGAUGACGUUCAAAAGCUUGAGGUUGAAGUCAAUAAAAUUCAAGAUGUAAAGCUUUCUCCAAGGUCCUUGAAUUGCAUUAAACGGUAUAGCAUAAGCAGGAAAGUGGCAGAAAAGCUCAAAGAUAUAGAAGAGCUCCGAAAAGCAGGGAUUUCACACUCUGCAGAUGGUGUGGCUUUCAAUCAUCCAAGGCCCAAAGCAGUGGAGCACAUUCCUGGACCAACAAUUCAAGAUCAUCAAACAACAUCUUCAAAGACUUUAACCGAAAUUAGGACUAAGUUGUCUGAUGAUAAAGUCCGGAGGCUCGGUAUUUGGGGUUUGGGAGGAGUGGGCAAGACCACUUUGGUAAGAACCUUGAACAAUAACCUCAACAAUAUUUCUUCAAUGGAGUCUUUUGGCAUCGUCAUAUGGGUUACUGUUUCCAAGGAUUUGGACAUGAAAAAUGUCCAAACUCGAAUAGCUAAAAGAUUGAAUUUGGAGGUGAAAAUGGAAGAAAGCCCGGAGCAAAUAGCUAUUCAACUUUAUCAAAGACUUCAGAAGGAAAGAAAAUUUCUGCUCAUUCUAGAUGAUGUGUGGGAGAAAAUUGAUUUAGACAAAUUGGGUGUCCCACAGCCUGAAGAUCAUAAGGGUUCUAAGAUCUUAUUGACAACUCGAUCUUUUGACGUUUGUAGGCACAUGAGCACAGUUGAUGAUGUUAAAGUGGCUGUUUUAAAUGCAGAAGAAUCUUGGCAAUUGUUCAGUAGAAAUGCAGGGAGUGUGGCCAGUUUAGAACACAUUAAACCAUCUGCGGAAGCAAUUGUUAGAGAAUGUUGCGGAUUGCCUUUGGCCCUCGUCGCCAUGGGAGUUGCUAUGAAUAAAAAGACAAAGGUCGAACAAUGGAGGCAUGCCUUAAAUGAAUUGCAAAGACCAGUAUCUUGUCCAUCACACAUCAAGAAAAUCUAUACGAAAUUGAAGUAUACUUACGACUCAUUAGAAGGUAAACAAAUGAAACAUUGUUUCUUGUUUUGCUCUUUGUUUCCUGAGGACUUCUCAAUUGCAAUAAGUGAACUUGCACAAUGCUGGUUGGCAGAAGGUUUGCUAGAUGAGCAAGAAAACUAUGAAGAUUCAUUCGAUGGAGUAAUUAAUUUGAUUGAAAAUCUGAAAUACUCUUGUUUGCUGGAAGAUGGUGCCCACGAGGACACUGUAAAGAUGCAUGACGUUAUUCGUGAUGUUGCUAUAUGGAUUGCAUCUUCCUCUGAGGAUGGAUGUAAAUCCCUAAUUCAUUCAGGAAUGGGCUUAAGCGAGAUAUCAGAUGUUGAGUUAUCUGAUAAUUCUCUCAAAAGAGUUUCAUUUAUGAAUAACAAGAUAGUAAGGUUGCCAGAUCGUGUGUUACAAUGUUCAAAUGCCUCUACUUUAAUACUACAAGGUAAUCGAGAUCUUGACAUGGUUCCUGAGAAAUUCCUACAAGGAUUUGAAUCACUCAAGGUCCUGAAUAUGAGUGGAACAUACAUCAACUCAUUGCCUCUUUCUCUACUUCAACUUGGUGAACUUCGUGCCCUCCUCUUAAGGGAUUGUCGCAAUCUUAAAAAAUUACCCCCACUCGAAGGGUUUUGUAGACUUCAAGUGCUAGACCUCUCUCUCACUUGUAUCAAAGAAUUGCCAAGAGGGAUGGAAAACUUGAACAGCUUGAAGCAACUAAACCUAUCCUACACUCGCUACCUAAAAUCCAUUCAAGGUGGAAUUAUAUCUCAGUUGUCUUGUUUAGAGGUUUUGGACAUGACAGGCAGUGUUUAUUGUUUCAGGAUGAAGGGAGAUGUACCGGAGUACAUGGCAUGUUUUGAAGAGCUAAAAUGCAUUGAGCGAUUAUGCGUCCUCCACAUCAACUUGAAUAGAAUCCCAAAUUUUAGCAAUGAAGAUCUUUCCUUUAUAAAUAGAUUAAGACAAUUCCACUUUUUCAUCGACGAACGCACCCGGAUUAAUGUAUUUGGACACGUGGACGCUCUUUACCACAUUUUGUUGCCGCGUAGACGUGGAAAAAGGGAGGUGACUAUCAAGUCGUUUAAUCUUCCUUCAGAAGAAGUACUGAUUGGGCCAUUGUUUAGUACUGCAAAUGAUCUCAGGUUAGAUCAUUGUACGGGACUGGGUGAUAUGCUAGAAGACUUGGUCAUCAAGAGUGUUGUCUGCUUUGCUGGUUUAAAAUCUCUUACUAUUCAGAGUUGUAGCGGCGGUGUAUGGCAAGGAGGAUGUGUAGCCCAACAUGAUCUACUACCAAACCUAGAAGAACUUUGUCUCCGACGCCUGAAUUACGGAAAAAGCAUUUUGGAAGUGCUUGGCCAUCUUGGGUCGAGAUUUCUUGAACUAAAAAAAAUAAGUGUGGAGUAUUGUUCUAAAAUGGAAUAUCUUUUUUCUUGUGGUCACUUCAUUCACGCCCUGCCAAAGCUAGAAGUACUCAAGGUACAGUACUGUGACAAGUUAGGUGAGCUCUUUAUUUAUGAUUCCGUGCAAAAUAUUGCUCCAGAUCCUGUUGUUCCAAGCCUACGGAUAUUGGAAUUGAAGUGCCUUCCUGAAUUAAGGACUCUUUGCCAAGACGAAGAGAUAUGGCCGCAUCUAGAGCAGGUUCACGUGGUCGAGUGCAAUCUUGUUGGGAAGCUGCCUCUUACUGACCAAAAUGCAGAAAACAUGAAAGAAAUAAAAGGAGAAUCUCAAUGGUGGAACACAUUGAAGUGGCAUGCUGACACAACCCAAUCAAGUUUGAUGCCGUAUUUCCAUCCAAUUUGAGGAGGCAUUUCAGAAACCAGGCAAGGAGCGUGUGGGAUAGUGGGAGAAGUAUCGUAUAGUGCUUUGAAAGUUGUGAGUGGGUGAGGUGUUCCAUUUUUUUUUUCUUUUCUUUUCUUUUGUGCAUUUGAGUUUGUAUUAUGUUUGAGUGUAUAAUAAUUUAUUGUUUGGCUUGUCUGUGAGAAUUGUCGUAUAUUUAUG